AUGACCGCACGUACGGAACAAAACUGGGAUGUAAUUGCCGAAAACGAUGAAGAUGAACUUCAGGAAGACUAUCUGAGCUCGCUGAAAGACGUCGUACUCUUCGCCGUUGACUGCUCUCCAUCCAUGAUGGCCCCUCAGCGCUCAAACAGAAAGGGAGACUCAAUGGAACCGAGCGAAACCAACAGUCACCUCUUCGCCACAUUGAAAGCUGCGGCAGAGUUGCAGAAGAAGAAGGCAAUGUACGAGCCGAACGAUCUCGUUGGAAUUAUUCUCUUCAACGUCAUGGACACUGGAGACGCCGAGGAGCAACUCAAACCUCACGUCUCCGUUUUCCAGCCAGUCGCACAGGUUAGCGCGGACACCAUUUUGGAUCUUCUGUCCAUACUGAGUGACGUCGAAGAAGGAACUCUCUCUCUGGAGAAGAGAUUCCGCCCGUGGGGCCGCAGAGUUCCUCUAGGCGAUGUUUUCAAUGCAUGCAACUGGCACCUCCGUACCCAAGCUCCCAAAGCGGCAACAAAACGUAUCUUCUUUGUGACAGAUGUUGAUGACCCUCAUGAUGGCAACUUUCAGCUAGAUAGAAUUGCAAAGCAGAACAUAGCCGAUCUAUACUCUCUUGGUGUCAUCGUCGAACCAUUCUUCAUCGGCACCAAGAAGAAGCCAUUUGACCCAACGAAGCACUUUACCGAUAUUCUCUCUCGUGCAGCUGAUGAUGACGAGGAUGCAAUACAGCCAAUGCCAACUGUAGUGGACGGAUUCUCACGCAUCCUAAACGAGAUGGCGAUUAGGGAGACACCGAAGCGGAGUCAGUUCUCCAUCAAUAUGACACUAGGAGCUGGGCUCGUGAUUGGGGUCAAGGGAUAUUCGCUCGUGGUUGAGCAAAAGAAGAGUGCACCUAGGCGAUUCCUCGACGUAAACGGUGAAUUGAAGGAGUUGGAGACUAAAACGGCCUAUUUUUCAGAGGAAAAUCUAGAAGACAUUGGCUCUGGUGCUUCGCUCGUCUACGGGAUGUCGCUCCCUUCUGCCGCUAUACAGAACGAAGAUGCAGGGGUGGAGGACCGUGACAUUGCGUCACGAGACGCCGCGAUGAGUGUAAAUCAGGAAUUCAUCGAUCGGACAGAUGCACCUGAUGGCCCGAAUGGUCCACUGAUUCCCGACGAAAGAGGCCAGGUGAUUCAGAAGACACCUAUUUAUUAUACGAAAGAAGAUGUUACGAAAUUCAGAACGUUGGGAAUGGAACCAGGGAUCAAAAUACUAGGCUUCAAGGAUGCAGAUACACUGGUGUUCGAAGAUAACAUCAAACACUCAUAUUUUCUUUAUCCCAAUGACACAGUUUACAAAGGCAGUACAGCAGCAUUUGGAGCCCUUAUGAGUGCCAUGGUCACAAAGGGGAAGAUUGGACUUGCACUUGGCCUCUUUCGACGCAACUCGAGUCCAUACUUCUACGCAAUGGUACCGCAGGAAGAGGUAUUGGACGAGGAUGGAGCUCAGGAGAGACCGCCCGGAUUCCAUAUGAUUCCACUCCCAUUUGCAGAUGAUAUUCGAGCCGCGCCCGAUGCAGCCGAGUCAUCUUUACGAGCAUCAGACAAUCUUGUCCAAGCAGCCGCAGCAUGGAUAAAAAAGGUUCGGAUCCAGAAAGGAUACGUGCCAGAUGCGUAUCCUAACCCAACGCUCGGCCUAUUCUACUCGCAGCUGCAAGCCAUGGCUCUGAGAGAGGAGUUCGAUGCAGAACAGUUCAGCGAUCGAACUGCGCCACAGCUCGAAUCCAUAUUCAAUAGGGCCGGGGCCAAAGUCGAGCAAUGGAAGGAGGUAUUGGAGAAAGAGCCAAAUGCAGAGACAACAUUCCUCACGUCUUCGUCAAAACGAAAAGCGGACGUGACGGUCAACGACCUAGAGGUGCGAACUCAUUAUGAGAACGAGACAUUGAGCAAAAUGACCGUCGACAUGCUCAAGAGCUUUCUACGAUCGAAAGGGAAAGCUACUUCUGGAACGAAGCCAGUUCUCAUCGAACGUGUGACAGAGUAUAUGAAGGAGAAUCCAUAG